CCAGAACCAAAAGACAGUUAGGCAUCAGUUGAUGACCAGCAGUUGAUCUGUGCAACAGUACAAUGGUUUCCAAGCUCUGCAUCCUUCUCGCCGUGGCGGCAGUCGCCAAAGCCGGAGUAGUUCCGGUAGCUCCAGCGGGUCCGGUCCUGGCAAAGAUCGAGGACUUCGACCCGGCUCCCCAGUACAGCUUCGCCUACGACGUCCAAGACUCUCUGACCGGUGAUUCCAAGGCGCAGUACGAGACGCGAAACGGAGACGUCGUCCAGGGCAGCUACUCCCUCAUCGAACCCGACGGCACCCGCCGCAUCGUCGACUACACCGCCGACCCCGUUAACGGCUUCAACGCCGUCGUCAACCGGGAAUCCGCAGCCGUCGCCGUCGCUCCCGUCGUCGCCAAGGCCGCCACCAUCGUCGCGCCCGCUCCCGUCGUCGCCAGGACCGCUCCCCUCGUCGCCGCUGCCCCCGUGGCAGCACCAGCUCCCGUCCUCGCCAGGAGCGCCCCCGUCGUCGCAGCCGCCCCUCCAGCUCCGUUGGCUUAUAGCGCGCCUCUGGCACUCCCCGCCGUCGCUCCAGCGUCUCUUGCCUACACCGCUCCUCUGGGAUUCCCACCGGUUGCCAAGGUCGGAAGUCCGGUCGGCGUUCCGGGUGUCCUCCCCUAUUCGGCUUACGCUGGACCCGCUGUUGCCAGGCUGGCUGCUCCGCUGACCUACGCUGCUGCUGGAUACGCAAUCUAAUCCCACGAACGUCUGUUGAUAUAAUGAUACUUUAUAAAAAUAAACAUUUUUUAACGUAAA